CCAUGACUCUCUGGCUCAAUGACCUGCUGAGUGCUACAGGGAGAGAGAUCAAGUACAUUGAUGAAGAUCUGAGAGAUGGCGUCGUCUUUCUGGCCCUCCUUGAGUACUUGGCCGGCUACUCGUUUGCUGCAAACAGGAAGAACACUACCUUUGAGCCUACGUCGGGUGCUGAAAAGCUGGAGAACUUGCGCGCUGUUUGGGAGUUCUUUGCCGAACAGUUGGGCGUCGAUCUUGCUCCCGAUCGCCCCGACGAGGUCAUGAUGAACGAUCAGGUGGCGUACAGGGUCCUCCUCCGCGUGGCUUACAUGUACAACCUCGGCGAUCCAACGUAUCUCCCGCCGAGUCUGGAGGCAGAACUCGAGGCUGCGCCGGUCAUCAUUGAGAAGGCCGACUUCAACCCUGUGGCUGACCGCGACUACGACACUCGCCACCUGCUCAUGGUCAAGGCGAGAUACGAGGGCGCCGAGAAGCUGGUCCAGCUCCCGAUUGUGGCGCCGGCUGGAGUCUGUCUCUACAUUAUGGGUCUUCGCUUUGGGCUGGAGAUCUGCGACGUCUCCAAGUGGGAUCUGCUCAUGGUCCAGCCGUCGGGAAAGACUUCCAAGAUCAAGCCGGACAAGCCGCUCGAGUCGUUUGCGCACCUCCACGGCCAGAUCUUCAACUUGAUGCGCAAAGAUCCCGAGAUCGAGCCGACAGACCUUCUCCUCCGUGUGGCCAUGGACGAGAGCGCGUCGGUCAUCAAGACUGUUCCACUCAAGGCGCAGUACUCGACGAUAGUGGCGGUGUACAAGGUGUGGGAGGCCGUGGGCGACAAGUCGGCCAACUUUGCGGCCUUCUCGCUGAAGACCGAGUCCGGCAAGACGCUCAAGCAUGCAAAGUCGCUCGAGUCGGCCGGCCUUGCCUCGCGCGACCUGGUCUACUACGUUUGCGUCGACGAGGAGGCCGCGGCAGUGGCGGCCACAAAGGUCGACGAGAAGCACCUUGCUGAGGAGGACAAGCUCUACCUCCGCAUCGAGCUUGCCGAGACUGGCACGGUCAAGCUCCUGUGCUUUGACAAGAACCUGACGGUGGCGUCGGCCAUGAACGAGAUCGGCGUCAAGUUUGAGAUCAUCAACGUUGUCGACUACUUCCUCAAGUCGGACAAGAAGGGCACGCUCAAGCUGACCAAGACGCUCGCCGACUACAAGUUUGAGAAUCGCGACGAGAUGCAGUUUCUUCUCCACAAGGGCAAGAUCCGCGAGAACGGCCGCCUCGAGUUUUCGGUUGACUCGAUCCUGCCUUCCGAGUGGGACGACAUUCUCGAGGCUGCUGGCAUCGACAAGACGAAGCUGCGGACCCGUAAGGAGACCAUGCAGAUCCGCGACUUUGUGGCCGAGCACCUGCUGGCCGGCGGCGCUGACGGCGCAAGCGCAAGCGGCGCCCCAGCGCCCGCACCCAAGCCCGCCCGCAAGCCGCUGCCUGGCGGGCUCAAGCCGGCCGGCAAGGCCGCCAAGCGACUCUCGCUCACACCCGCCGGCCGGGCCAGGAGCCCUGGCCCCGGCCCCGGCCCGAUUAAUCCCAAGCCCAAGCCUGCUGUGGCGGCCAAGCCUGCUGUGGCGGCCAAGCCUGCUGUGGCGGCCAAGCCUGCUGUGGCGGCCAAGCCUGCUGUGGCGGCCAAGCCUGCUGUGGCGGCCAAGCCUGUUGUGGCGGCCAAGCCUGUCGGCGGGCCGCCUCCGAUUGCUGCCAAGCCGCGAGUUACCAACGCGGCGGUGGCGGGGAUGGACGCGUCAGCCAAGUCUGCGCUGGCGUCUGCGCUUGCAGCACAGUUUGGGGCGGCGGGAGCGGCCAAGACGGCAGCGGCGCCUAUGGCGGCGCCCGAGGCCGUUGCGUUCGACGCAGACGGAUACGAUGCCGAGGGCUUUGAUGCCCAGGGCUACGACCGCAAUGGCUUUGACCGGCUCGGCUACGACCGCAACGGCUACGACGCUGCGGGGGGUGGCAUUACCGACGUCGAGGGCGGAUACACCGACGCAGCCGGCGUGUACUAUCCGCCCGGCACGUACUAG